AUGGAGCUGGCCUCUUACGACGUCGCGGCAGCGCGUCUUGCGUCGAAUGUCGAGCCCCUACUGGCCGAGACGCGCGCGCAUCUUCUCCGCAAAGAGCCGGACCGUGCGCGCUUGAGCUUUCUGCGUCUCCCCGAGCUGGAUUCGCGCUGUAAAGUGUAUCUCGAGGCCACCCUUCGGGACUUCUAUGCGGCUGGAUCGUUUGAUGUUCCUGUGUUACUGACGUUCCUGGAGGCGCUGCCCAAUUGGCACUGGACUCUGGAUGGAUGUGCCGUGCUGCAGAGCGUGAGCUGCGCGUUGCGGGCGCCUAGCAGCAGCGCGGACGGAGGCGGAGACGCUCUCCGAGCUCUGGAAGCCAGACAACGCAAGUUCCCGCAGCUUCCGCUAGCGUUUUUCCUGUUGAAACUCAUGAGCCACUUGGAAGGCAGUGCCCGGGUGAGAGCGGAGAGCUAUUGGUACGCGUGGGUGAGUCCCACGCUGCGGGCGGUGGCCUGUGGACAGCCGGUGGAGCUCAAGAUCUUGUCAAGAACUGGACGUAGUGAGUAUUGUGUUGGUGAUGCCAGCAAAGAAGAGCUCUUGUAUGCUCCUGGUGACGCUGGAACAUUUGAUAACGACCGACGCCAUGCGUUGUGCUGGGUGGGAGACGAGACAGAGCACGUGGUCGCUCCGUGGCCAGCGGAGAAAGAUCGGACCAAAGCACAGUGGCGGUUGAUCCCCUCGGACGUGCAUGCUGAUACGUUCUUGGUGCAAAGUGUACGGUUCGAAGAGUAUCUGUAUGCUGCAGAUUAUGCGAAGUUAAAAAAAGAUGGACGUGGGAAGACGAGAAGUCGCGUGUUUACGUGGAGAAAAACGGCUGAAUUGCCUGGACAAGCGGGAAAGUGGCAGCUUGUCGCACUGAGUAUCGAGGAGAGAGAUGUGUUUGCAUUGUACAAUCCGUAUCAGCGCGAGUUUUUGUACGCACCGACAGCAGAUGUGAUGGACAGUAAGAGACGUCACGUACUCACGCGAACUGCGCCAGAUGGGGGUAGCGAAACACCGGCAGAGGAAGGAGGAGCGAUGUGGUGUGCUUGGCGUAUUGCUCCGGCGCAACAAUCGCCAAUGGAACGAGGCGUAGAAGCGUUCUUUGCCAAGCAAUACCCCGCAGCAGUCGAGCAGCUUACCCUUGCCCUAGAUGAUCUGCCCGACAACACUGAACAUGUCAAGUGCUUUGCGUACCGCAUGACGGCAAAUUUGCGUCUUCGAAGAUUCGACCUAGUGGCCCCGGACUUUCAAGCCAUUCAAGCACUAGGUGGCGAUAAAGCUGCUAUUUUUCACGGACUUGCACACUUGUGGGAGGAAAACGCGAACUAUCUUGCGGUCAUGGCAAGCUCAUCGCCGGAACUGCAAAUUCAGGCAAUUGAGAUCGCGACGUCACCUGAGAACCCUUUUUUCAUGCGCCACCAGCUUUCAAAGGGCGAUGACCUGUUCGUCCGCCGAGAUUUUCAAGCUGCGAUUGUAUGUUACCGGGAGGCUGCAACGUGUACUUCGACCAUUGCUUCUUCGCCAUUUGAAGACUGCAGCGUAGAAGACUCCGAGACAACCCGUCAACGUGUUCGUGCUUAUGUGUCAUGCGCCAAGUGUUUCUUUGUGCUGGAUGAAAUAGAGAAUGCGUGGCAGUACUUGAGCAUAGCACAAGACAUCACCAAUGUGUCGGUCGAGGGUGAGGCUGCUAUUUUACUUUGGAAAGGCAAGUGUCGUCGAUCUCAUAAGAUGUACGAUGAAGCUUUUCAAUUGCUAGAAAGGGCAUUUGACCGUGCAAGCGUAGCAUCGGCAGCUGCUGUGAGCUCACGAUCGUCAGCGGCUGGUGUACCCAUGACUGCUACAGUAUUGAAACGAUCUAUCCUUAUGGAGAUGAAGGUGGUGGGGCUGCUACGUCAAGGAGUCUACGACAUUUUGCUUUCUGUCGAGGAGAACGGGGACGAAGCUGCACUGAUUGAUGGUAAUAGUGUCCGUGAGGAGCAGGAAUUGGCAGCAGGUAAAGAUGCCUCGAAAACACUAGCACAGAUGGUGGAAGUGUUCCAUUGUCCACUGAGCUUGGAACUGAUGGAUGAUCCGGUUACCACACCUGACGGCAAUACGUAUGAACGAUCAAUGAUUGAACAGCACCUUGAAGUGAAUGGAUGUUUUGAUCCCUUGACACGUGCACCACUGACGAAGUCACAGCUCCAUACGAAUCGUGCGCUAAAGCAGCUUAUGGAGACGUUGCUGAGCGACCACCGACUAGGACGACUACUUGCGUCGUGCUCAACGUAA